UUGGUGAAGUUUGUUUGCCGCGGAUUGUAGCCAACUGGUUGCUGGAGCCGGCAGAACGUGAUUUACGAGUUUGUCUGCUGAAUCCUAGGACCCAGCUCCUCGCCAGGCUAUCGUGACUUGGUCAGUGGGUGGUGGGUGAACUGCCGUGAUUUUCGUUACGCACCUGAACAAAACAAGCUGCACGAUGGAUAUUUCAUUCAGUUUCCCUGUGGAUUUGGAAAGGAGCAGUUCAGUUGGCUGAAGAUCGAAAGGAAGUAGAUUCGGAAAAGUUGGUUUUUCCUUUCGUUCAUCUUUCUACACGGGCCUCGUGGCGUUCGCGAGUGUUAGUUGUUCGGAAGCUUUAAGGUGCUGGCGUGAGCUCUAAAUUGCUAGUCAGUGGUGUUGCGGUCAAAUCUGAUAUCGUGCUGUAUGGUGUGCUUAAAUCUGAAAUCAACGCGUGGGUGGAAGGGAGGUAUCCUGCUGUAAUCGUUACAACAGGUUACCCGGCUUAUUAAGUAGCUGAGAGUUCAGCGUUCCAAUGUUUUCGUGUUAAUAUAUCCUAAAAGCGCCGAUAAAUAAUUUGGAAGGCAUUCUAAUUUGAUAUAUAAGUGAGGUGAAGAAAAUUUCUUUUAUUGCUAGGCCGAGAAAUGAAGUCAUAAAGAGGGGAGCGUAGAUCUGUUCGCCCGCUAGCUAUGUGAUUAAACGCGUGUGGUGGGGGUUGUAUAAAAUAUGCCAUUAAACACAUGGCUGCGUGAAUUGCGGCAUUGUUUGAAUGGAAGAAGAGAAACUUAAUUUUCUUGCUGACGGGUUGGAAUUUGCCAGUAGCUGCCGCAGUGAACGACUGGGAUAAUCAUUUCAAUAUCAGAAAACGGAAACAAGUCCGGAUGGAUCCCAUCGGGUGCCUUAUCGAUGGUUUCAUAUGCAUUCGUAUAUGAAAGCAUACGGUUAGUGUUUAGUUCCGGUGCCAAGACAGCAGUGUCAUUCCGAAAGAAGUGUAUGCAUUGUUUAAACGGAUAAUUGAAGUAUCGUUUACACAUUUUUGCUUCUAUCAGAUUAUUGGCGCCGCAGAACGGAUAUCACUUGUUGUCGUACCACAUGGUUGGAAAUCUUCAUAUCCUCCGGCAGUGUGACUUGGUUUUGAACGGUUUGUUCAAUCGUCUUGGUGUGAACAGGAAAAUGUUAUUCCAAGAUGCACGUGAUGGAGCUUAAACCAUCGACAUUACUGCGGCCAGGGGAAAUAUCUAUUGAAACUACGACAAUCGAACAAUGCUAAGCGUCGAAGAGCGCUCGCUGGAAUGGUUGCACCAUAUAUAUCACAACGAUAGCUCCACUGCCCUGAUUUUGAACGCUACCGAGUUCCGACGCCGCCUGCUCGCAAUUUUAGACUCCAACAUGACUAUCGCCACGAAUGGCUCGAGCAAGUUUAACCGGCAUGCGUUCGAGUUUCAGGACAUUUCCGAGCACAAUAUAACACACGAGUAUGUUAAUGAUUUCUUGGAAAAGCUGUUUCAAUCGUUGAACCGGUUGAAUAGAACAACUCCCACCAGCAUUGCCGACGGUUGGGACGAUGAGGGUGAAGAGCGUGGAAAUUGUAGCGACUACUGCAAGGGGACCGUGCGGGAUUUGAUGAUGGACUACAAGAUCAUGCAUGGUUAUAUUGCCCUGGUGAUAUGCGUUUUCGGCACGAUAGCAAACAUCCUGAACAUCAUCGUCCUGACACGGAAAGAGAUGAGCAAAAUUCCCAUCAAUCGGAUUCUGAAGUGGCUCUCGGUGACCGACAUGUUUGUCAUGAUCGAAUACAUCCCCUUCGCGUUUUACAUGUACUCCAUACUGCCAGAUCGCCAGGAUUACCCUUUUUCGUGGGCUGUGUAUCUAAUGUUCCACAUGCAUUUCACCCAGAUUCUUCACACCAUCUCCAUUCUACUGACAGUGACAUUAGCCGUUUGGAGAUAUAUUGCAAUUAAACGUCCGCACGGUUCGCUAGCUCUCUACGCCCAGACUAAUUACACCUAUGCGAUCCUGUUCUGCUACAUCCUGGCACCGAUUCUGUGCAUGCCCACGUAUUUCGUCUUCACGAUACGGCAGACGCCCGUGUUCGAGCAUGACGCCUAUGUGAUGCUGUACCACCUGGAUGCCGAUGAAAAUACCUCUGUUUACCGUUAUAACUUCUGGUUUCACUCAGUGAUUAUAAAGCUGCUACCAUGUACGGUUCUCACCGUAAUAAGCUGCGUGCUAAUUCAGGUGCUCUGGAAGGCGAACAAGCGGAAACAGAAACUCAAACAAGGAGUGAAUUACAAUAGCAAGAAUGGUGCCAGCAUUGGGGUUGCAACAUCUAGCAACGUAACUAGUCAUAACAACGCUAUGGCAAGCUCUACCACCAAUUCAACAGCCGUCAGCAACGGAAGCAGGCAUCAAAAGACGGACCGGCGAGCGGACCGCACCACAACCCUGUUGGUGGCCGUGCUGAUGCUCUUCCUGUUCACCGAGUUUCCCCAAGGCAUUCUGGGGCUAAUGAGUGGUAUGCUGGAAAAAUGUUUCUUCAAACGAUGCUACACUCUGUUCGGAGAAGUGAUGGACCUGCUUGCCUUAAUCAAUGCCGCCAUCGGUUUCGUGUUGUACGGCCUGAUGUCGAAACAGUUUCGCACUAGUUUUAAGUCGGUUUUUUGCAAUGCUCCAACCCAUAGAAUCGAAAUCACGAGGUUGACCGGUUUGAACACCACUUGUGUAUGAUAGAAGCGGGAAAAUAGCAGACUGAUGGAUAAAACAGGGAAAUGCUUAAACCGAUCGCUUUUAGCAUAGCUAAUGCUUGUUUCUGAGUGGUAUGUCUUGAAUUUGAAUUCCUUUUAAAAAAGGUUUUUGAAUAUUAGAUUUUGCACUGUGAAACAAUGCUUUAGUCAAUCAACAAUCUCUUUAUUCAGCCCGGAAAUACUCAAUUGUUUGCACUGCUUUAGUAGUGGUAACUCGAGUGAUACACAACUCACAACGAAAUUAAUAAAAAUCAAAUUACGGAAUUUGAAAUCCCAACUACUGUAGUUUGGGUUGGAGUAAUAUUGUUCAUUGGGAAAUUUACUGUGUAAAUAAUGUUGAAUAGCUUUAAAAGUAAAGUGAGUUGAAAAUUUCACUAAUCUAAGCGAUUGAAUAAUUUUGAAUAGUUCAAAAAAUGCAGCGUAGAUUUAUGGACCGUGUGUGUGAACCCAAUCGCAAUACGAUUGCUGUACUUUAGGAAAUGGACCAAAGCAUUUCUGUUAACAUUGCAAUGGUAACAGAUUAUCUCAUUUUAUGUCCGUUCAUUUACUUUAGUGUACAGCAGCGGUAUAUCAAAAUACUACUUUCAAUUUGUUACGAAAAAAUGCUUGAAAUUCCAACAUACAUCCGGAAAACAUUCUUCUUCACGAGCCUCCAACAACUAGAGCUCCUUAUCCCCAGAUUCAGAAUCGCUCCUAUACAGAUUUAAACAUUGUUAGAGCAUGCAUUCGAGGCCCAGAGACAUAUUUUAUGCUCAACUUGCUAUUUGUUUUGUCCUGCAUGCCAAUGCCCCGCCAAUAUUACACACAACAUUUCAGGGUCGUCGAUGAAACAAGGCGCAAAUGCUAAAUCUGUGAUGCAAAAUUAUGUUCGUGACUCUAUUAAAUACAAAACAAUUAAACGAAACUGUAGAUAUGUGUUAUAAUUCUAGAAACGAGGAUUUGUAACAAUAAUAUGUGGUUUCAGUGUUUAUAUUUUUCUAUGAGCCUGUACGAUAGUGAUUUGUAAGAUGUUCGAUUGGAAAGCUCAUCACGGUGUUGACAAAAUAUAGU